AUGAAUCCCAAGGAGAUUGGACAACUGGGAAGCCAAUGUUCUGGCUGCUCAUCGUCCAUCUUCCCGAAAAAUUGGACGGAGACGUUUUGGUUGAAUUUGUUGGAUGCGUAUUUAGCCUCGUCUCAAGCUCCUGCGGAGAAACCAGUGGUCACCAUCUCUAGCGCCUCCACCUCAAGUUUGAUGCCGCACACGAAGGACUGGAUGAGCCAUGAAAUUAUCCAGGAAUUUAUCAAGAAUUAUCCAGUGUUCGAGAAGAUCCAGGAAGAGCUCAAUUCAUCGAAUCCCACUGCAAGCAGCCCAUUUGAUCUCACCAAUGCUAAAGAUCUCUCCACCAGCACAAUUCCAAGAACUGAAUAUCAAGAUUCUGGAGCUCUCAUGACAGUCGAAUUUCUAAAGGCACUAGAUGCACAAUUCCAAAUGGUACGUGACUUCGAUAUACGUACUGAAUUUUUCCGAUAUACUAUUAUAUCUAUUGAAAUUUCCGUCUAUUGGGAUUUUGAGUGUAAAACUAUUUAA